CUUCGCUUUCCAAUUGUUCCAGAGUCUAUGUCUUCCAUGUAUUUAUCUAGGCCUAUGAAAAUUCUGAGAACUGUUGGCUUCAAUUACUUCUAUCAACACUCCCUUUCAGGUUGUUGGAAGCUUCUCAGAAAGGUUCAUUCAAUGACGAGCCCCACGCUUGUCGAGGGAGAGGGCCUCCGUAUCGCUGUUGAAGGAUGUGUGAGUUGAGGAUAAAUUUUCAUGGUUCGAAUAACAUGCUGAUUGCUAUAUAGGGACAUGGUACUCUGGACGCUAUCUACGCUUCAGUAAAAAAGGCGUGUGAGGUUCGAGGUUGGGAUCGUGUAGACCUCCUCAUUAUCGGUGGAGAUUUCCAGGUAACCCUUUUAAAGAAAUGUAUGGGAUCAUGAAUCUAACUUCUAUAGGCUGUUCGAAAUGCUUCUGAUUUGACGGUAAUGUCAUGUCCGGUAAAAUACCGAGCUAUUGGAGAUUUCUACAGGUAUUAUAACGGCACUAAUGUGGCUCCAUACCUUACCGUGUUUGUGGGAGGGAACCAUGAAGCCAGUAGUCAUCUCUGGGAACUCUACAAUGGCGGCUGGGUAGCCCCAAAUAUCUAUUACAUGGGCGCUGCCAAUGUUGUUCGAGUGAAUGGCGUUCGAAUUGCUGGAAUGUCUGGAAUCUGGAAAGGAUAUAACUACAACAAACACCAUCACGAGCGACUGCCUUACAAUGAAGAUGAUAUCAAGUCAAUUUAUCACAUUCGGGAACUUGACGUCAGAAAGCUGCUCCAGUUGCAAUCUCAAGUCGAUAUUGCAAUUAGUCACGAUUGGCCAAGAGCAAUCGAAAACCACGGGGAUUCAAGGAGCUUGUUCCGCAAGAAACCCGACUUUGAACAAGAAUCAAAGGACGGGACCCUGGGCAAUCAAGCCGCAUCAUAUGUGAUGGAUCGUCUACGCCCACCAUACUGGUUUUCAGCUCAUAUGCACUGCAAAUUCGCAGCCACCAAAAUCUAUGAAGAUAAAAUUCUUGAAGCAAAGUCAAUAAAUCCAUCGAUACCAGCUCUUACUCCGCAGUUAGCUCCCGUCGUAUCCUCGAACGCCCCCGUCUCUCGCAACGAUGAUGAGAUUGAUUUGGAUAUGGAUGAAGACGAGGUUGCUCCGCAACAAGCGGCAAACACGAAUGGUGCUCCAAUUAUCACGAACCAAGACGAAAUUGACUUGGGUAGCGAGGACGAGGAAGAAUCAGCAAGCAACCCACCACAUAAACAGUCUACUACAAACGCAGUUCUAACUGUCACGAAUGAAGAUGAAAUAGACUUAGAUGAUGAAGAGCAAUCGACAGCCAGCCCACCAUCAAAGUCCACUGUUCCAGAUGACGUUCGCGCACUUCUUCCCGCUGCAUUUGCUCGACCUGCGAUGAAUAUUCUCCGAGGAAUACAGCCCAGACACUCUCCCCCUCCCGGAGUUACUAACAAGACAGUUAGAUUUCUAGCAUUGGACAAAUGCCUACCCAGUCGCAAGUUUCUCCAGCUGCUUGAAGUGACACCACAUAAUGCGUCUACAGUUGAGACUUCUCCGCAAACACCUAGACCCAAACCCAAAUUUGAAUACGACCCUGAAUGGUUAGCCAUCACACGGGUUUUUGCUCCUGAGCUCGUCCUUGGGGACAAAUUAGCGCCUAUAAAACCAAAUCUUGGUGAGGAUCAUUAUCGCCAGCUCAUAGCAAAGGAGCAGGAAUGGGUAACACAAAACAUUGUCAAGAAGGACAAGCUGGAAAUCCCAGAGAACUUCGUUAUUACCGCCCCUAUCUUUCACGAAGGGAUGGCAGAGAUUAUCAAUGAAGGCCCGGCAGAAUACAACAACCCACAGAUGCAGACAUUUUGCGAUCUUGUGGACAUUGAAAACAAGUUUUUUGCAACAGAGGAAGAAAAGGCUGAAAGAUUAAGGAAUGGCCCUGGGCCAGCGGAAGGUCGACGGGGUGGAGGAGGAGGAGGAGGAGGUAGGGGUGGCGGGAGAGGCAGAGGCAGAGGCAGAGGGCGCGGGCAAAGAGGACGCUGA